AGCUGGCUUGAAAGUGUUUAGCUCAUCUGAACGCUCAACAAUGUAGAUCCAGGAAGCCUUCUGGAGAGCAUAUUGUUUGUGUCUUUAUCUGUACCCUUAAUGGACAUUUAUUCAUCACUUCAUCGCUUCGUGUCCUCCGGAGGAGCUGGGACAAAUGUGGACACCGACCACAGAGGAGGACUGUCUCCGUGUUGGCUGUCAACAAGAAAUGAUCGUGCUUUCUCUUGAGUCUCAUUCUCACAGUCACAUCCAGACAUCUUCAUUAACACCUUCAAAAUGAGGAUCUUCGUGUCUCUGCUGAAAAAUGCGAACCCCAAAAUCGAGUAUUACUCCAGGUUUUCUCCGUCUCCUCUCUCCAUCAAGCAGUUCCUGGAUUUUGGCAGGGACAAUGCUUGUGAAAAAACAUCCUACAUGUUCCUGCGUAAGGAGCUGCCGGUGCGGCUGGCCAACACCAUGAGAGAGGUCAACCUGCUACCUGAUAAACUGCUUAGCCAGCCCUCCGUCAGACUGGUGCAGAAAUGGUACAUGCAGAGCUUUGUGGAGCUGCUGGAUUAUGAGAACAGGAAGCCAGAGGACAGUCACGCUUUGAACGAUUUCCUGGAGCUCUUGAUCGAGAUCCGUAACCGCCACAACGACGUGGUUCCCACCAUGGCUCAGGGGGUCAUCGAGUACAAGGAGAAGUUCGGCUUCGACCCCUUUAUCAGCAGCAACAUCCAGUACUUCCUCGACCGCUUCUACACCAACCGCAUCUCUUUCCGCAUGCUCAUCAACCAGCACACUCUCCUGUUUGGCAACGACACCAACCCUGCCCUUCCAAAACACAUAGGCAGUAUCGAUCCCACCUGCAGUGUGGCUGAAGUCGUCAGUGAUGCCUACGACACGGCCAAGAUGCUGUGUGAGAAGUACUACUUGGCUGCUCCCGAGCUGAAGAUCGAAGAGUUCAACAUGAAGGCCCCUCAAAAGCCCAUCCAGGCGGUGUAUGUGCCCUCUCAUCUCUUCCACAUGCUGUUUGAGCUCUUCAAGAACUCGAUGAGAGCCACGGUGGAGCUUCACGAGGACAGUGUUGGGGGAUUACCGCCAGUAAAGGCAAAAGUCACUCUGGGUGGAGAGGAUCUUUCCAUAAAGAUCAGUGACAGCGGAGGAGGAGUUCCUCUGAGGAAGAUAGACCGUCUGUUUAACUACAUGUACUCCACUGCUCCUACGCCGAGCCUGGAGCCGGGAGCUGUCCCAUUGGCUGGUUUUGGCUACGGUUUGCCCAUUUCUAGGCUCUACGCCCGAUACUUCCAGGGGGACCUGAAACUGUACUCCAUGGAGGGCGUUGGCACCGAUGCUGUCAUCUAUCUGAAGGCCCUUUCCAGUGAGUCCUUCGAGCGUCUGCCCGUCUUCAACAAGUCAGCGUGGCGGCAUUACAAGACCAGCCCCGAGGCGGACGACUGGAGCAACCCCAGCAAAGAGCCGCGCGAUGCCACUCCAUCUGAUGUGAAAAGAAACCAGUUUAGAUGAAGAAUUCAGUAUGGAAAGCGUCCUCAUCCUGUAUUUCGUCACUGCCAAUGCCUUCGUAACCUGCCAGUCUCGCCGAGUGAUGCUCAGUGACAAACCUGCUGUAAAGGAAGUGUUAUACGCUUGUCCUCUUCAUUUAAAAGCCUCAGUCCACCACCUUUAAUCACGUUUUACAGCCAAUGACUGUUAUUUCAAUUCCACUUGUGUGAUCUAGAGGCCCGAGGAUCUUUCAUCUUCAGUAGUCGUCAACCUUUACUGUUAAAGACUGUCUCUGGACCUCUAGUAUUUUAGGGAAUGUUGUGUAUAUAACUAUUAAUAAUGUGUUUGCUGUACAUGCAGCCAGUGUGGAGUGAUCACUCUGUUUUCCAUCCUACUGUACCUCCAGCUUAAACAAACAUAUCUGUAUGCAUGAACUCCUCCUCACUACGGAGGUGGUCACGCAGAGAUAUGCAAUCAAUGCAACAUCAUACAUAUAUAUAUAUAUAUACCAAAAAAAGGUGAUAUAGAGCAGUCUAAUAGUGUGAUUCAGCAUGAGAUCAACUUGUCAAACCGGACAAUAAAGAAAACUGCUGUUGUGUGCGA